CUGGAGGGAAAAGGGAGAGAGAGAGAGAGCGCGAAUGCCGUUGCCGAUAUUCCUCGCUCUCACCACGCAUGUGACGCCGAGUCCGUUGUAGACGCCCACACUCCAACACCCACACACACUCUCUCUCUCUGCAACUUAUCACAGGAAGAAGAAGAAGAAGAAGCGUCACCAGAAGAAGAAGGAGAAGAAAGAGGAGAAGGAGAAUGGGAGAGGAAGAGAAGAAAGAGGAGAAGAAGGAGAAGAAGGGGGAGACGGAGGGAGAGAUCGUCCUCAAGGUGGAUAUGCAUUGCGAGGGAUGCGCCAGGAAGGUGAAGCGGUCGCUGAGGGGGUUCGAAGGAGUAGAGGAGAUUCAGGUGGACACAAAGACGCACAGAGUCGUGGUGAAGGGAAAGGCGGCGGAUCCCUUGAAGAUCUGCCAGAGAAUUGAGAAGAAGAGCGGGCGGAAGGUAGAGCUCAUCUCUCCGUCGCCCAAAAGCCUGGAGGAGGCGAAGAAGGCGCAGGAGAAGCAGGCCGCGAAGCAAGAGGAGAAGGAGAAGGAGAAGAAAGAAGAGCCGGCUGUGAUAGUCGCCGUCCUAGACGUCCACAUGCACUGCGAGAAUUGCUCCCAGGAAAUCCGACGGAUCAUCGAGAAGAUGAAAGGCGUGCAGUCCGCGGACCCGGACCUGAAGAGCAAGCAGGUGACGGUCAGGGGCGCGUUCGACCCGGCGAGCCUCGUGGCGUACCUCCACCGGCGGACGGGGAAGCACGCGGCGGUGGUGAAGCAGGAGGUGGAGAAGAAGGAGGAGAAGAGCAAGGAGGAGAAGGACAAGAAGGCGGGAAAGGGAGGAGGUAGCGGCGAGGCAAAAGACAACAAAACAGAGUCCGCCGGCGGCGGCGGCGAGAAGAAGGCGGAGAAGAAGAACGAGAAGAAGGAAGGUGGCGAGGAAGGAGGGGAGACGAAAGCGGAGGCGAAGAAGAGCGAGGCCCCUAUUCCCAAGUACUCCAUUGAGUACGUUCAUGCUCCUCAGAUCUUCAGCGACGAGAACCCUAACGCCUGCUCCGUCAUGUAACCCUCCGGCUCCCCCCCUCUGGUUCUCUCUCUCUCCCUCCCUCUCUGUUUCCCUCAGUCCCUCACUCUCUCAGUAGAAAUCCACGGAGAUAACCGUAUUGUAUCCGUAUCGUAUAGAGCCACCGAGCUCUACGUAUACAGUACGUUGCGUAGAAGAGAGUAGUCGUCUACGUCUGUGUUGCAGAAGAAAAAUUUUGGAAUGAAGAAGACCCUUUUCGGUUUCGGGAGCUCA